GCGUGGUUUCCGCUUGUCAGAGUCCCCGGACGCGGCGGCCCGGGCAGGGAAGCGCGCGGCCCGAGGUCGCCGUCCCCGGGAGUGCUGGGCCCCGAGGAGGCCCUGCUCGUCCUGCCUCGCCGCCAUGCACCCGCGCCGCCCGGAGGGCUUCGAUGGCUUGGGCUACCGGGGCGGGGCCCGGGACGAUCAGGGCUUUGGCGGCGCUUUCCCUGCCAGGUCAUUCAGCUCCGCUUCGGAGCUGGGGCACUGGGUGACGACUCCGCCCGACAUCCCGGGCAGCCGCAACCUGCACUGGGGCGAGAAAAGCCCGCCGUACGGUGUGCACUCGGCCUCCACGCCGCGCGAGGGACCCGCCGAGGAGCCCUUUCCCGGCUCUGGCUCCGGCACGGGCGGAGCGCAGGCCCAGAGCAGCGAACAGUUGAAUAGAUUUGCUGGAUUUGGUAUUGGACUUGCAAGUCUUUUUACAGAAAAUGUACUGGCCCAUCCUUGCAUUGUCCUUCGCCGGCAGUGUCAGGUUAAUUACCAUGCUCGGCAUUAUCAUCUCACUCCAUUUACAGUCAUCAAUAUUAUGUACAGCUUGAACAAAACUCAGGGACCAAGAUCCCUGUGGAAAGGAAUGGGAAGUACAUUUAUUGUCCAAGGAGUCACGCUGGGAGCAGAAGGCAUAAUUAGUGAAUUCACACCUUUGCCAAGGGAAGUUUCACACAAAUGGAAUCCUAAACAAAUAGGAGAACACCUUCUACUGAAAUCCCUAACUUAUAUAAUAGCAAUGCCUUUUUAUUCAGCAAGUCUAAUUGAAACAGUACAGAGUGAAAUAAUUCGAGACAACACUGGCAUUUUGGAAUGUAUCAAAGAAGGCAUUGGGAGAGUGAUCGGCCUGGGAGUGCCUCACAGCAAGCGGCUGCUGCCCCUGCUCUCCCUGGUCUUCCCCACAGUGCUGCACGGCCUUCUCCACUACGUCAUCAGCUCCAUCAUUCAGAAGUUCGUUCUGCUGAUUCUAAAGAGAAAGACGUACAAUAGCCACGUCGCUGAGAACACAAGCCCUGUACAGAGUAUGCUGGAUGCCUACUUUCCAGAACUUAUUGCCAACUUUGCCGCCAGUCUUUGCUCUGACGCUAUACUUUACCCACUGGAAACAGUUUUGCACCGCCUUCACAUCCAAGGAACACGCACAAUCAUUGACAACACCGACCUUGGCUAUGAGGUGCUUCCCAUUAACACACAGUAUGAGGGGAUGAAAGACUGCAUCAACACCAUAAGGCAGGAAGAAGGAGUACUUGGUUUUUAUAAAGGGUUUGGUGCUGUUCUAAUACAGUAUACACUGCAUGCAGCUGUCCUACAGAUUACCAAAAUUAUUUACUCCACACUUCUUCAAAAUAGUGUUUGAGAUUUAGAUUUCAUCACCGGCUAGUCCAGAAGGACAAAAUCUGGACAAUGUGCUAUGAAACUGUGAGGCAUAAAAUGAAAGACUGGGGAGGCAGGCUGGAGUGAAAAGUGAAGCUGGCAGAAAAAGUGCAUUCUCAUUAUGUGGACUCUUCAUUUGCCUUUAAAUGACAUGUAUGUUCUUUUUCUUCUUUUGGAUCAAGCCUAUUUGGAAGCUCAAUAAAAGUUAAACCUGUAUGAUUU